UGAGUGGGGGAGAGUGAGUGAGUGAGUGAGUGAGAGAGAGAGAGAGAGAGAGAGAGAGAGAGAAUUGCUACAGCUGGGAGAGUGUCCUUUUUGUGUGAGUGUAAAACCAAAGGAGACAAGUCUGUUGAGGCUUUCUCAGGUCAGAGCUUCUAGGAAAAAGAGAUCAAAGCAGUGGUUGGGCUUUUAUCACCUCUCUGUGUGAGGGUGUGUGAUCCUAGCACCAGGCUGGUGGAAGACAGAUGGAAGGAGAGAGGAAAGGGAAGAUGGAGCAGCUGGAGAAGACAGAACCUCUUUCAGAUGCAGAGCGAGGGAUGAUUCAAAACACCUGGACGAAAGUCUAUGAAAACAGUGAGGACGCGGGAGUGGCCGUCCUUACCAGACUCUUUGUAAAUUUUCCCUCCUCUAAGCAGUACUUCAGUCAGUUCCGAGACAUGGAAGACCCAGAAGAGAUGAGCAGAAGUACCCAGCUGAGGAAGCAUGCUACCAGAGUCAUGAACGCACUCAACACCUUGGUGGAAAAUAUCCAUGACGGAGAAAAAAUGGUUUCUGUCCUCAAAAUGGUUGGCAAAGCCCAUGCGCUCCGGCACAAAGUGGAUCCAGUUUACUUUAAGAUACUGGGUGGGGUGAUACUGGAGGUACUGGUUGAGGCCUUCUCUGAUUCUUUCACUGCAGAGGUGCAGACAGCAUGGUCUAAAUUAAUGGGUACCAUGUGCUGGCAUGUGAACCAGGUCUAUGCUGAAUUGGGCUGGCCUCAGAUCUCCAAGUCCAAGUGAACAAAGGAACCUGCCACUGAUCAGUUCAAAAUCACCACACGAGGUCUCCUGGACUCCUGAUUCGACUGGUCAUCAGCUGCUUUGCUGGUUUAAUUGGGAGAGCAUGGCAAUGCUUAUGUAUAAGCAAGAUGGAUCCACAAGAUCAGGGAUCAGGAGAGAGACACCAACAUCCAGAGCUCCUUAUCACACUGAAGAACUGGUCUGUGUGCAUAUACAUGCACACCUCAGGAUGCUGUGUGCGUUUGUGUGUGAGUGUGUGUGUGUGUGUGUGUGUGUGAGUGUGUGUGUGUGUGAGUGUGUGUGUGUGUG